AAUUUGGGGCGUGUUGUUUCUACAAACAUAUCGUAAGGAAGCGAAAGAAGAAAUCAUGCCUGAUCCAGUGAAAGCACCCAAGAAGGGCUCCAAGAAAGCCGUGUCUAAGAGCGUCUCCAAGACCGGCAAGAAGAAGAGAAAGACCAGGAAGGAGAGCUAUGCCAUCUACGUGUACAAGGUGCUGAAGCAGGUCCACCCCGACACCGGCAUCUCUUCUAAGGCCAUGAGCAUCAUGAACUCAUUCGUCAGCGACAUCUUCGAGCGGAUCGCCGGUGAGUCCUCUCGUCUGGCUCAUUACAACAAGCGCUCCACUAUCACCUCCAGGGAGAUCCAGACCGCCGUCCGCCUGCUGCUGCCCGGUGAGCUGGCUAAGCACGCCGUGUCUGAGGGCACCAAGGCUGUCACCAAGUACACCAGCUCCAAGUAGACUUAUGUCUACACAUGAACCCAAAAGGCUCUUUUAAGAGCCACUCA